GCAAACGGUGCUGACGGAUCAAAAAAAAAAAAAAAUAAAAAAAAAAGAAAAGAAAAAUAACAUUAACCAAAAAGGCACAACAAAAAAUACAGAAAACUACUCGUAAUAUAAAGAAAAAAUUUUUACUGUACUCGGACCAAUAAAGAAAAGACUUUUUUACUGUGACCAAGCAAGAUGACCAAAGUGGAGCUAUAUAAAUCUCGUGUCUUUGUUACAAUUAUACAUCUGUGUGCAUUGGGACAAUUUGCCUAUGGCUUGUACUACAGCAGCUUUGAGGUACAGCGCAGCUAUAAGCUCAAGACCAGCGUCAGUCGUCGCCUGGUUCCCGAAACAUUUCCCCAGAAGCUGCGGCUCCUCAGCUAUUGGUCGCUGAUAAUUCAGGCGCUCUAUUACAUUGUCUCCCUCGUCAAUGAUUUUGUGGGUACAAAUGAAUUGGUGCCAAAACGUCCACCAGCAAUACGCAAGUUCAAGGACUGGCUGAUGUCGACCCUUGCCUUCCCCGUGGCCAUCAAUGUAGGCGUCACCUUCUGGACUUUGUAUGCCAUCGAUCGUGAACUUGUCUUUCCUAAAGUCUUAGACCCCGUCUUCCCCAGUUGGCUGAAUCAUGUUCUGCAUACAAAUAUUGUUGUCUUCAUUGUGCUGGAAAUGUUCACCUCAUAUCGUGCGUACCCCUCGCGAAGCAAGGGCUUGACUGGCUUGGGCAUCUUUAUGGUUAGCUAUCUGGUUUGGAUUCACAUCAUCAAGCACUAUUCUAAUGUCUGGGUCUAUCCGGUGCUGGAAGUCCUGCAGCUGCCACAGCGUAUUGUCUUCUUUGUCGCCGUGCUUGGAUUCACCUUUGCCCUUUAUUUGCUCGGCGAAUUCUUGAACAAUGUGGUGUGGGCCAAGGAGGUGAAGCUGUCGCAACGCAAGUCCAAGUAGGCUGUGUGAAUGUCUUUUAAGUCUGUAGUCAAUAGAAUUGUCUGUGUGUGCUCGGUCUGUUUAACUAGCAACUACUUAAAUCAGCAAAAGAUGUCGCUUAUAAAUAUAUAUUUUACACAACAAUCUAUUUAAAUUAUAUAGUUGAUCUAAUCCUAAAAGAAUGAAAAUUAAAAACAACAAAUUAAUAAUGAAUAGUAAUUGGCUUGAAUAGCAAUAAAUAUACAAAACUUUUGUAGCA